ACUACGGCUCAGAGUGUUUCCCAAGUGUUUGAAACUGGUAUUUGGUUUUCCACGUUGGAUCAAGUGGAGCAGCUACACAGGCUGAUCGGCGGGGUCUGUUUGCAAGCCGAGGAGAAAAAGAGGACGCUGGAUUGCAGUAAAAUCGAGGCGUUUUAACCGGACACCGGAGCCGACUCGGUACGGAGCUUUUUUCUCUCUGCCUGCGGACUCUCUUUUUUUUCCUGACAGCCAUUCAAUGUGCCGCUGAGCUGGGAGUGAAGCAGAUUUUGGGGCUGGCUGCUCUAUUUUCCACUUAACAGGACCAGAUGUAGUUGUUCUUUGCCUUCCAGGUUUUCUUUACCGGAUCUGUGCUUGUCCCUUGCUUUAUUUUUCAUUUUUUCUGCCGCAUCUUUGGAAGAAGGGACAGAUAAAAAUGCUGAGCCCUGCGAACGGGGAUCCACUGCACGUUGUCAACUAUGUGGAGGACUAUCUGGACUCUGUCGAGUCCCUGCCUUUCGACCUGCAGAGAAACGUCUCCUUGAUGAGGGAGAUCGACGCCAAAUAUCAAGAGAUUUUAAAAGAAUUGGACGAAAAUUACGAGAAACACAAAAAGGAGACGGACCCGGUGCAGAAGAAAAGGUUGCAACACCUCAUCCAGAGGGCUUUGAUCCGCAGCCAAGAACUUGGGGACGAGAAGAUUCAGAUAGUGAGUCAGAUGGUGGAGCUGGUAGAAAACCGAACCAGACAAGUAGACAGUCACAUAGAACUGUUCGAGACCAAUCCAGAACCCAGCGAGAGCAUGAUCACGCCCGGCAAAACCAGUCAAGAGAAAUGUCGAAACGAGAACAGCAACACCACUGAGAAGCCCAGCAAUAAGCGAUCGAGACGACAGAGGAACAACGAGAACCGGGAAAACGCAUCCAAUAAUCACGACCACAGCGAGGAGAUCACAGCUGGCACGCCCAAGGAGAAAAAACCCAAAACCUCCAAGAAAAAGAAGCGUUCCAAAGCGAAGGCGGAGAGGGAGGCCUCUCCGGCAGACCUGCCCAUCGACCCCAACGAGCCCACUUACUGUUUGUGCAACCAGGUGUCAUACGGGGAGAUGAUCGGUUGUGACAACGACGAGUGCCCCAUCGAGUGGUUUCACUUUUCGUGCGUGGCACUUAAUCACAAGCCCAAAGGGAAGUGGUACUGCCCCAAGUGUAGGGGAGAGAAUGAGAAAACGAUGGACAAAGCUCUGGAGAAGUCAAAAAAAGAGAGAGCGUACAACAGGUAGUUUUAGCGUUGAACUGUUUUAUUUUGUGCAACAAAAAAAAAAUAAGGACAAAAGCCCGCCGUAGAUGCACAUAACACCGAUGAGGGACGUCAGCCUGGCAAGUGCAAGUGAAAUCGGAAGAAAAAAAAAGAAGCGCUGGCAUCUGCUCAGCCUGCAAAGCACACAUGGUAACCUUGCCGUAUCUACCUCCUGUGAUGGCGGGUGAGCGAAGACUGAGGGCGACCCGAGUAAUCGGUGGCUAAGCUGAGUCGUCUCAGCCUUUCCACGGAUUAUUCCCACCUGAGCACGGGGAAUCGAGAAGUGGAGUAUGGCAGGAUUCCGCAGCCUGUCUGCUCUCGUAAACGAAGGUCCGGGAUGCACUUACUGAAAGGAAACUGACCUUUGGUCCAAAGGGUGGCAUAUCAUGGGCUUUUGCUUGUCUGUCUUUUGGAAAAUGCCAACAAAGCAAUAAGAUUGCACGCUCAUUCUGGAACGUUGGAUCAAAGGAUUCGCGGGAUGCUGAAAGGAUAAAAACUGUUGUUGUGUUUACAGGCCGUCAGUAUUUGUUCCGCUCUCACCGUUGCACUACACAGACUACAGGGUUUCUCUCAAAAGACGAUAUUACAGAUGGCGCUGUCUUCUCAACUCGCAUGCCUGAAGGGAAUCUGAAGCCGGGGAGGUGCGGUGCCUACUGGAACGACACAAGAAGUGAGGAAGGACGGUAAAAUGAAGAUGGGCGCGAGAGAAGCUCCUCCCUCGCAAGCUCAUCUUCUUCAGAUGCUCACUCACGUCGGGUGGAAAAUCUAAAAGGACGGCGGGAUUGUGCAAAAUGCACGUGCACAACGGAACGGAGGCGGCAGAACUCCUCAUCAGGCAUGUGUCGAAAACGAAGGCAAUCUGCACAAACGUGACCGAUGGCGAUUUAUUUUUUUAUUUUGUUUUUUUUAUUUUUUUUUUAAUUUUUAAGAAAAAAAUGUUAAGUGUGACCGGGUUACCGAUGUCACUCUUGGUGACAGUGACUGACACAGUUCUUUAUGCAGCAAUAUUUUUGUGAUUUUUUUUUUUUUUUUUUUUAAAGUCAUCUGUGUACUUUCUUUGCCGACCAGAAUUUUUUUAAUGUGAAGUAUACAAAUCACAGAAGUUCAUAUUUUAUUUAGAACCUAAAACAACACACACAAAUGGACAUUUUCUGGUAUAUUGAAAUAGAUAAAGGAACGUGUUGUAAAAAUGUACAUUUCUAUUGUGAAAUUGCACUUCCUGUAUUAUAGGCCACUUGACAUUGUAUCCGUGUAACUUUAUUCUUGAACACUUUAGUAAAGAAUGUACAGAUGUGUUAUUGAGAUUAUUAAAAUAGAGUAAAUGAACAGUUUCUCUAAAA